UGGCUAUAUAAUUAUCCAAUUCAUAUAACUGAAAUAAUAAAUUGGCUCACCACGAUCGAAUCGAUUUGAUAACCGCGAGGACGACGAUGGUUCUCAGUUUGGAUAUCCGAUCGAGCUUCUGGCAAUUGCUGCACUGACUUUUCUAACAUUUUUAUCCAACUCCAGGAUCACUCUUCGGGUGACAAAGUCGACGAUGAACCCCAUGGAGUAAACGACGAUGUUGUUGUAUCCACCACAUGGAGACGAACGACGAUAACGCCACAACGGCACGAGCAGAAAGGCUUGGCCAGGGCAGAGUUCGAGUGGGUUGACGGCGAGCCGGAGCAUGAUAGAUCAAGGCUGAGGCCGAGGGCGAGUGACCGGGCCACAAGCAAGCUGCGCGAGCUGAGGGCGCGGCGACUGAACGACGACGGCAAGACAAAGAAAACAGGGCGUACUGUAGACGAACAGGGAGCUGAGUAUUGAGAGGUCCUGGCCGACGGCCAGACCGAGGCGAUGGCGCGACAGCACCACGAACGACGCGAGCUUCGGCCAUCAGCAAGCGCAGUAUCGACGACGAGGAUCCACCGACCGCAAACACCUACACUAUACGCAACGCUGGCCGAUCCAGGGACGCGCAGGAAACGCGGUCGAGCAGUGAACCGGCACGCACGACCAUGGCAAGGGGGAAUCUAGGCGAGCAAAGGAACAUCGAGCAGGACCGAGCGCCGUGGCGAGCUGGAGGUUGAAGAGAGCGAAGGCUAGGCGGCAGAAUCCUCAUUGCUGCGCGCAGGGAAAACAAGGGAGCGGAGGCACGACAGCCAUGGCUCAGCAGAGGGAACGCCGCGAGCUGGAGCUAGAAGAAGGAGCACGGACGGGCGGGGCCUCGGCCGCCGACUGGGAGAAGCAGAGAAAGAAGCUGCUAUGCUGGGCAGAGAGGAGCGGCCGGCGCGCCAUGGGAUCAAGGGAAAAGCACUACGGCGAGCUUGAGAGAGAGAAGCAGAAAGUGAGCGCCGCCAAGAGAAGGGCACGCGCGCCAUCAGAGAUCCGGCCGGGUGCUGGACGCCGGCAGGGGAGGAGCUUGGACUGGGCGCGGCAGGGGCGAGCUCCAUGGCACAGACAAGAUCCAAGCAGAGGCCGGACUUGGGCAGCUGUUGGACGAGCGGACAGGGAGCGCCGUGAGCAGAGAAACGCGCAGGGAGGGAGAAGCUUGGAGGAGCGUCGCUGGGUAGGGAGCGCGCGCACAGAGCAGGAAGAGCCGUGCGACCCGGUGCUGGAGCUUGGAGGUUGGAGAAGAUGAAGUCCGUGCUCAAGAUAAGGCUGGGCGUCGGCUCUCAUGGAGAGGAUGAGGACGGCUGAAAAAAGAUCAAGGGAAAG